AUGGCUUCCGGGCACAACUCAGCAUUCUCCGCGUCGACCCAGCAUCGCGCUUUGGUGGAUGGACGCUCUUCACUCAGCCAAGAUGACAACUCAGCAAACGGUAGCUGGAAUGAUGGCACCCCACGUACUGGGAGGAUUGGGAGGUCUGAGUCUGGAGGUAGCAGCAAUAUGGGCGGACGAGGGUCGUUGGCACCCUCGUUUGGCGGGCCAGGCAGCUUCAGUGCGGAGCUCAAGAGCAUGCACUCCCGCAGUGUCACACCCCGGCCGGAUGGCCAAUAUAACAGACGUGCCAGCAGAUCAAUUGGCGAGGAGGACCUACACACUACAGAAGAGCGCCAGGCUUUCCUGCGGGGCAAAAUCGCGAAGGAGACCAAGAUUAAGACCGGAACUGAGAACAUGCUAGAGGCAUUACUAUCCAAACCUCUGAAACAAACCAAGGACCAACGAAUCAAGGUGGAGUCGGAGCUGAGCUCUUCCAACCGCAAACUGGUCGAAUUGCAGCAUGAACUGGAAGAGGAACUUUUACGUGCGCAGGCGCCGGCCUCGUCCCCCCAACGCAGCAGCCGCCUUUCUGGUCUCUUCCGGGGCAGUCCCAUGCGUUCACCGUCUCGCAACAAAGACACUGGUGGGUCAGUGGAUGGAGACUAUCAAGAAUAUGGAGAGGCGGAUAUGGAAUCGCCGACAUACGUGCUUUCGGAGACGCUACAGGCGCUGGAGAUCGAAGGAAUGUCCCCUGAUUUCUAUGUUGAACGUGCCAAUAGCCUAGUUGAGCUAUUCAGACGACACCCUACCUUAAAGUAUGACCUCGCCUGGCCUGUCUUUGGCCUCCGAGUUCAGGUGAUGCUUCUGAGUGACAGCAAAGAGGUAGUAGCUGCUGGCUAUCGAUUGACACGGUACGCUAUUGCGGACCGUAAGUCUUUGCAGACAAUCCGAUCGUUGCAUACCGAUGAGCUUGUGAUACUGUCCCUCGUCAAGGAAAGCAAAGCAAGCAUUGAAAGGGAACAAGCUUUGAAGUUCGUGAGAGGCUUCCUGGAUGUCAAAGACGGCGUACGAGAGAUUUCACGCGCCAUUGUGCGGACUAUCGUUGCUGUUGCCGAGCACCAUGAAGAUCGUCUCCGGAGCAUCUCGAUCAUGACCCUGGCCGAGAUAUUGGUCAAAGAUCCCGAACUGGUCGCUUCGGCUGGUGGGUUCGCUGCCCUACACGAUGCGCUGGCAGAAGGGACCUUUGGCGCUUCAGAGAGUCUGAUCUCAAGUUUCCUGCAUGUGGUGGACACGCCGCGCAGCAGAAAGUUCCUGCAAGGAUCUGAAUUGGAAGCCGUGCUCACACCUUUCACUGAUUCAUUAUCAGAUUCACUGCGUAGUGGACGGUUAAAGACUGCAGCCCGGGCAAUUUCGGCGAUGCUGAAGACUUGGCCGGGACUGGUCAUUCUUGCAAGGCAUGACUCGCAACCGUUGCGUUCUCUCCUCGACUCUCUUCACUAUGAUGAUCCCACAGCCCGAGACCUGAUCAUGGAACUAUUAUUUGACGCUCUGCGGAUCAAGCCUCCAUCCUGGUCAUCAUCUUUCCUUGCCGGUAGGAGACUCACAACUUAUGGCAGAGUCUCUAACUUGCGCUCUGAUACCGAGUCAAGGGUUUCCCGUACCUUCAAUGACACCAAUAGCAACAGGUUUGACCUUACAGCCCACUUCUCUACCCUUAUCUUGGCUGGCUUGGUUGAGGCAGGGCUUGCAAAGACCCUCUCCGAUGUCAUUGAGGAUGAAUCGGAUCUUUCUCUCAGACGCAAGGCAACCCUACUAUUAACAGAGGUGCUCAAGCUUGCGCAUCAUUCCCUCCCACAAUCUGUCAGCGCUAAGCUACAAGUGCUUCCUCAUCUGAUUCCGCCAGCCGUCAACUUUGACGUUGACAACCACGACCUUUCAACCACAACAAUUUUCCAAAUCGAAAGUAUCAACCGAACACUGGCUCGUUCCGGCGGAUAUCCCAGUGGACAGGGCCGAUACAACAUGGAGUCUGAUUUAUCAACUUCUCUACUUCCCGGCGAACAAGGGAAGGACAAACUAAGCCCUGCCAUGGACGAGACCCAGUUCCGCAAUGCCAUUCUAGAGACCCACGUUCUCAACACCGUGAAUUAUACGAAGUGGAAAUGGGAUCUGAUCCACCGUCUGGUUGAGGGCCCUCUCACAAAUUCGAAGCGAAUGGACGAGGCAAUCAAAGGAUCCAAGUUCAUGAAACGACUCAUUGGAUUCUAUCGACCUUUCAAGUACCGAUUUGCCAUGAUUCCAAACACAAAGCCGAACCAGCGUUAUGUCCGAACUGGCUGCGUCCUCAUGCGCACUCUGGUCAUGACCCCCGAGGGUACCAAAUAUCUGGCGGAGAACAAAUUCCUCCGUCAGGUUGCAGAGUGUCUAGCUCAGCUGGAUCGCAUGAGUGGGCUGACCUCUACUUCGCCACUUUUUUCCCAAAAGCAAAUGGCAUCUACAUUGAGUGGAGGUUACUUCGCGAUGUUGGGAACCCUAAGUGGUGAUGUGAACGGGUUGCUCAUGAUGGAGCGCUGGCACAUGCUCAACAUGUUCUAUCAUAUCAUUGAGCUGCGAGAUCGCAAUGAUCUCAUCCAGACAUUGCUAGGGAAUAUGGACUACAGCCGAGAGAGUCACCUCCGGGUCAUGCUUUCCAAAGCCCUGACGAUUGGCUCCAAGGAAAUUCGGAUCUUCGCAACCAGACUUCUCCGCAAGUAUGCGGUCGGCGAUGUCUCAUUAUCACCUCAUGUGGCGAUCGGAAAUGCGGAAUGGGUGGUCAAACUUCUUGUGACCCAGCUCUACGACCCCGAAGUCACAGUCUGCCAGGUCGCUGUCAAGAUCCUGGAAGAGGCGUGUAACCAACGGGAUUACCUCGAAUUCGUGGUCAAGUGCCGGCCAUCUCUCGAUCACCUUGGUGAAAUUGGCGCGCCGCUAUUACUCCGGUUCCUGUCGACUUCAGUGGGCUACCACUAUCUGGACGGCCUCGAUUAUAUAACACAAGAAAUGGACGACUGGUUCCUCGGCCGCAACGAUACCUAUGUUGGUCUCGUUGAGGCUGCACUCUCCCGGGCUUAUGUUGAACAACCUCGACGGGGUAGCCUUGCUCCCGAAGAUCUGGUGGACCUCCAGGAUAUUGGAUUGGUACCACCGCAUUUCUAUCGAGAACUUGCACGCACCGCCGAGGGUUGCAAGCUGCUAGAACAGUCGGGCCAUUUCAACGAAUUUGCCUGGACAAUUCGCGAUUUCAGACUGGAUGAGGAAGAGAACGAAAUGCUCCUCAAGGCUAAGGGAUGUCUCUGGGCUGUCGGCAAUGUCGGUUCAAUGGAACUCGGGGCGCCAUUCCUAGAUGCCGAGAUUGUCGAACGAAUCGUGGAGAUAGCAACAAGUGCAGGAGUCCUCACCAUGCGAGGUACUGCCUUCUUCGUUCUAGGCUUGAUCUCCCGCAGCCGACAUGGACUUAAAGUCCUACAGGGACUAGGCUGGGAUUCUGGCGUGGAUCAAAAGGGAGACUCGCUAGGUCUUUGUCUUCCUACCGAUUUCCGGAAGCUAUUUUUGAUUUCUUUCCCGGGUUACAAUUCAGAAUCGAAACGCACUCCCCGAGAGAAGCUCAAGGAGGCUACCACGGACCCUGACCCUGUCAAUCAGAAGAUCCUCAAGUUGAUCGUCGACAUGGGCAAUACCGUGCUCUCCAAACGAGCCGCGUCAGAUCUUCAUGGCUUGAAAUCCAAACAACCCGAGCGAUUCCACCAAGCCCAUCUCUUCCGAAAAACUCUUUGCAUCCUAGAAAGUCACCAUUUCAGAUUACCAGCUCGACGAUUUGCCCUGGACUUAUUCGACAAGCGUGUUCUGCGUCGAAUCGUCCUCGACGAAGAUACGGACUCGGAUUCAGACUCUUCGGCUAAUUCCAACUCUGAAUGA